AUGAACGACAUUCUUUAUCUCGUCUCCCUCGGGGCUUUGGCCUUGUCUCCGCUGGCAGCGGCCACUCCCACCACCCACACCAACUUCAAGCAAUGCGUCCAGCUUCAGGUCCCCGUCCCGGUCGUGGCUACCAACCACCACUACACCAUGAUACCCCGGGUGGACAGCAACAUCGACGCCAUCGACUGGACUGUGAAUGUCACGACGUGGUCGAGCAAGCCUGCUAGCGAACUAAUCUCCGGUCCCGUGCCCAUCAACCGCACCUUCAGUAUCAACGCUCAGUUGUGCGUUCCAUCGCAAAAGGGCGAUAAAGCCGAGAUUUUGCAGAUCGCAACCCACGGCCAGGGCUUCGAUAAACGCUACUGGGACGUGGAGAUCAAGCCGGAAGAGUACUCCUACGUCGACGCUGCCGUCAAAAAAGGGUACUCGAUUCUCACCUACGACAAGCUUGGUGUAGGCAAGUCGGAGAAGCCGGACGCUUACGACAUUAUGCAAAUCCCGACCGAGGUCGAGAUCCUAGCAGUCUUGACGCGGCUCGCCCGCAGCGGCAAGUUGAUCAGCUCAUCCAAGGUGCUGUCGAACACCGGUAACAAAGCCACCGUCACCGACUUCAAACCGUCCAAGAUCGUCCAGCUCGGCCACGCGUUCGGCGCGUACCUAAUCACGAGCAUGCUCACGCUGUACGGAGAUCUCGCCGACGGCGCACUCCUUUCGGGGUUCCUCGUCAACACCCAACUUGGGAAGAUCGACGUCCUGACCUACGACCACGAAUUCGCUCGUCAGCACGAUCCAGUGCGUUUUAGGGAGUACGGGUCGGGAUAUUUCGUGCUGAACACGGAGAGCUGUAUCCAGAAGCUAUUUUUCCGGAAGGGCGCUUUCGAGCCCAAGAUGCUGACCUGGGCCGAGAAGAACAAGCAGCCUGAGACUGUGGGCGAGUACGCUUCCGAAGGGAACCCGUCGCCCGCGCCUGAGUUCAAAGGGCCGAUUCAGUUCUUCAACGGCGAGUUCGACAACUUUGUCUGCGUUGGUGACUGCCGGGGGACGUAUCUCGAGGAGGAGACAAGGAAGAUGUAUCCCAAGGCGUCGCACAUUGAGUCUUACCUGCAGCCCAACACCGGCCAUGUUCUGACCCUGGCGACCAACGCUUCUGCCGGCUAUGAGGUUAUGUUGCAGUAUCUGGAUUCCCAGAGGCUUUAG